AUGAGCCAUACGCUUUAUGUAAAAAACGUGAUGGUAAAGAAAGAAGAGAUGUAUCGCACCGAUGAAAUGGCGCGGUUAUUUUUUUCCAGAUACCGACAAUGCGCCUUACGAUACAAUCCUGCACAGCAAAAGAAUGGAGGUAUCGAGGUGAUUUUCGCCUUAGCAGCUGAAGCGUACGACGUACUCUCGGAUCCUCUUAAAAAGGCCGUGUAUGAUCAAUACGGUGAAGAGGGUCUUAAAAAUGGUGUGCCGAGACCAGAAGGAUUCGUGAAACCUUACGUCUAUCACGGCGAGCCGAUGCGAACCUUUAGGGAAUUCUUUACGACUGAAAACCCAUAUGAUGAUCUGCUAAAAAUUUUAAUAGAGCCUCAACCUCUACUUGAAUUUUCCAAGGGUCGAGGUAUAAAAGAAAAGGAGGAACCCUUGAUUAAAACCCUAUUUUUAACACUUUCGGAAGUAUUUUUCGGUGGGAUAAAGAAAAUGAAAAUCCAGAAGUUGGUUUUAGUCGGUGACGAUAAAUCGACGACAUCGUCGAUGGAAAAGAUCUUGACGAUACCUAUUAAGCCGGGUAUCCCAGCAGGUACCAAAAUAAUAUUUCCAGAAGAGGGUGAUCAAAGUCCUAUGAAGAUACCCUCGGAUGUUAUCUUCGUCACAGAAGAUCGGCCUCACGAAAUAUUUCGUCGAGAAGGUUCAGAUUUGCACACAACAGUCAAUAUCUUUCUGAGAGAGGCAUUGAUUGGAACAGUAAUCACGCUUAAGACUGUCGAUGAUAGAACUCUUCGAAUUCCAAUAACGUCAAUCAUUACACCAAAUUACAUCAAAUGUGUGCCAGGUGAGGGUAUGCCUUUUCCCACAAAUCCGAAGCAAAAAGGAAAUUUAAUAUUGAGAUUUAAUAUCGAAUUUCCGACUUAUUUACCGUCGUCCAAUAAAAAUUAUAUUAAAAAAGCUUUCGAAGCAUUUCAUACAAAUACCGAGAAUACCGAGUACAUUCAUCAUCUCAUAUUGGUCAAUAAGAUGCGUAGAAAUAUCGACAACAAAAUUCCACUUCGUUGUGACAUGUGA